UCAGCAGAGGUAUAUAGAUUCGUCCAGUAGCACCACAAACCCAUGUUCUGCUACCUACACAGAGACACCAAAAUUGUUCUUAGUUGUUGCAAAUUGCAAACCUGAGCCAACUGUCCUAUACUGUACAUAUAUACAUAGACCCACUUAUCCACACCAGUCUCCAACCACAUCUCACAAUCUGAAACCAUGAAAGCCCAUGUUGCAGUCCUUCCAAGUCCAGGCAUGGGCCACAUCAUCCCUUUCCUCGAGCUAGCUAAACAACUUGUCGUCCGCCAUGGCAUCCAUGUCAGCCUCCUCAACAUCACCACCGAGGCUUCUGCAGCUCAAAACCAACUACUCCACUCACCAACUCUCCCUCCAAACCUCAAAGUUAUCGACCUCCCACCUGCUGAUAUUUCAGCACUGGUCACAGAAGACGCUGGGAUUGUCACUCGGCUUUGUAUCAUCGUACAGGAGAGCCUCAAGCCACUAAAGUCGGUCCUCAUCGAGUUGGGCAAGCCACAAGCUCUAAUCAUUGAUUUGUUUUGUACACAAGCUCUUGAAAUCUGCAAUGAGCUUUCUAUUCCUACCUACACGUUGUUCACAUGCUCAACUGCUUUCCUUGCUUUCACUUUGUACCUUCCUACACUGGACCGUGAGGUGGAGUGCGAGUACGUUGACCUUCCUGAACCGGUUCAGGUCCCAGGUUGCACACCGAUACGAAUCGAGGACUUGCUAGACCAGGUCAGAAACCGGAAGAUUGAUGAAUACAAGUGGGUCUUGUUCCACUUUAAUCGAACCCCAUUGGCAACAGGGAUUUUCUUGAACUCAUGGGAGGAUUUUGAACCAGCUUCGCUUAAAGCAAUAAGAGAGCACCCUUUCUAUAAGCAAAUAGCCACACCACCAGUUCAUCCAGUUGGGCCGCUUAUCAAAGAGGACGAGCCGUUGACUGAAUUAGGUGCCAAGUGUGUGGCUUGGCUAGACAAACAACCGUUGGAUUCGGUUCUCUUCGUUUCAUUGGGUAGUGGAGGGACUCUAACAAAUGCGCAGCUCACUGAGUUGGCAUGGGGUUUGGAACUGAGCCAACAAAGGUUCAUAUUGGUGGUACGUAAGCCAACCGAUGGUAGUGCCUCAGGUUCAUUUUUCAACGUGGAUGGUGAUGUUAAUGAUCCAAAGGCAUAUUUGCCUGAAGGGUUUAUAGAGAGGACCAAAGGGGUGGGGCUGGUGGUGCCAUCUUGGGCUCCACAAGUAGCAGUGCUCCGCCACCCAGCAACGGGUGCGUUUUUGUCUCACUGUGGGUGGAACUCUACUCUAGAGAGCAUCACUUAUGGUGUGCCGAUGAUAGCGUGGCCGCUUUAUGCAGAGCAGAGAAUGAAUGCGGCGAUGCUGGUGGAAGAGGUCGGUGUGGCUGUUAAGCCGAUGGUGGGAGAGGGAAAAGGUUUGGUGGAAAGGGAGGAAAUAGAGAGGAUGGUAAGGAUGGUAAUGGAAGGUGAAGAAGGAAAGGCAAUAAGGGGUAGGGCUAAAGAGCUAGAACACAGUGCAUCUCAAGGGUUGAACUUUGGUGGAUCAUCAUAUGAGUCACUUUUUCGUGUGGUCAAAGAAUGGACGACUUCAGAUCAAAUCUAAUUGAAAGUUUGGGACGAUUACACACUCCGAUCACCUAUGCGCUGUUUGAGUUAAAUUCUGGUCAUGCAUGUUUUUGUCUUCAUUGUGAAAAAUUACAUGCGGCAUAAUAUUAGCCUUUGGAUACAUAUUUGUAAUGGUUAGUCACAUUUCUCUUUCUUUUAUUAAAUUUGAGUUUGGUGAUGGUUAGUGUGUCCACUUUUGGCAUGAUCCUUGGUGUGAAGAAGUGCCUCUUCGUUAGGCUUUUCCAAUUUUCCUACUCUUUUUAACAGGUUUUAGAAUUAGGCCCUUCGAUGAUGUGAAGGGUUGCAGAGGAAUAUUUUUAUUCUUCUUCUAUUUCUGUUGUGUGUGGAAAAGGAUUUAUGAAGAAGUUUUGAAGGUUCUUUUUCCUUUA